AACAACUCGUUUAAUGCAAUGUCACUUGGGGGCAAAUGUAUAAGUGUGUGUGGUUAUCAGUAUCCAGAUUGUCAUAGAUCAAUAAAAAUCAACUCAAUUGGAUUUUCAUUCUAAUCGGAAGAAAUGUCUGUCACAAAAGUAAAAAUCGGGAUUAUUGGCGGGAGUGCAUUGGACGAUGUUCAGAUAUUGGAUGGUCGAAAGGAAAUCUAUCGAGAGACCCCGUACGGUUCGACUUCUGAUGUAUUGAUAGAAGGAAAGAUCAAUGGCGUUGAUUGCGUUUUAUUAGCAAGACAUGGAAGACGUCACAGCAUCAUGCCGACAAACGUAAACUAUCGAGCUAAUUUAUGGGCACUGAAGAACAUCGGCUGCACUCACAUUCUAGCAUCAACGUUGUGUGGCUCGUUACAGGAGGAUAUAAAGCCCGGUGACAUUGUUAUCAUCGAUUCAUUUGUCGAUCGAACGACAAAGAGAAACCAAACAUUUUACGAUGGAAAGGAAAAGAGCCCUGUUGGUGUGUGUCAUAUCCCGAUGGAACCCGCAUUUUGUACCCGAACCAGAGAUAUGAUAAUUCACACUGCCAUGCAACUAGGCAUUCCAGUGCAUGAUAAAGGCACGGUAGUCACUAUUGAAGGUCCCCGGUUCAGUAGUAAAUCGGAAAGUUUGAUGUUCAAGCAAUGGGGCUGUGAUGUUAUAAAUAUGACAACGUGUCCGGAAGUUGUAUUGGCUAAAGAGGCAGGCUUAUGCUAUGCUGUGGUUGCUCUCGCCACCGAUUACGAUUGCUGGCGUCCGUGCACGGAAAAUGUUAGUGUUGAAGAAGUGAUGGCUACCAGCAAAAAUCACGUGCAAAAAGUUUUACAAAUAUUCAUGGCCGGUGUGGCAAACAUUGCGCAGCAAGAUUGGACGGAAACUAUCAAUCAAUUGCAAAAAACUGUUAACGAUUCAGUGAUGGUGCCACACAAUGAAUGAUCUGAUUCUGUGUAGGACACGAAAUGGAAUUUAAAUAAAGCGAAAAUUUUUGAAUUCA